AUGCGCUCAGCCAUCCCCAUUCUGUUUUGCUGCUUGUAUGCACUAAGCGCGGUUGACGCUACUCCCUUCUCAGAGAGAGGAAAUGCUGAAAUUCAGCAAGGUAGUGCCAAGGUUGUCGAACCUCAGAACUUUUGGUCGGAUGACAAGAGUGAUGACGAUGACAAGGAUGACAAGGAUGACCAUCAUGAUAAAGACAGCGCCGAUAAGUGUGCUUCCCGUUCGGUUUCCGUCUUGCUUGGAACCAGCACUUUUUCCAUUCCCUGCUUGGGAGCCGGCUCUAUCGUUGAUAUUAAUGGCCUUCUUGCAGCUGCCUUCCCUUCGCUUGUUCCCUCCCCUAUGCCUUCUUCUGCUGCUCCCAGCUCUGUUGCUUCCAGCUCUGUUGCCUCCAGCUCUGCUGUUGAUUCUUCAUCUGCAAGCUCCGUCACUACCACCACUGACAGCACCACUGACAGCACCACUACCACCACCGAUACCACCACUACUACCACUGCUACUACAACCACCGAUGACAGCAUUAUUCCUCCGGCAUUGUAA